GUUGGAGGAGCCGAGUUCAUACAAUACUACUGAGACAUCUACAGCUUAGCAGACAGAUACGGUGAACCGCCUAUCCCGGCUCCUGUAAGUGAUGCUGCACAGAGGCGCACUUUGAUCCAACUCCACUGGGGGGAGGAGAUGCGCUCUCCGCAUCCCUCAUUUAACAGUUUUCCGAGGGGCGCGCGCUACCUUAAAUUAGUCGAAACAAGUGAGUGCUAAAUAAAUUGGGUUCAAGCUUUCAUGUGUUCAUUAACAGCAUUUUUUCCUCCUUUUUUUUUUCCCUCGUGCGCAUUUCUUUGCUGGAUUAAACUUUUAAUAACGUAAAAAAAGGCGUUUUACGCACGUGUUCCAUCGGGGAAAUUGAUAAUUUCUCCAUAGCAAAUCAGGUUAGGGAUUUAAAAAAUAACAUUAAAGUUGGUGCAAAACAACCCUGGAUCGCUGCGCAUCUAUCUCCGAGUGUUGGAUUGUGAGUCCAAGACAUCCGAAGAGGAAUUACAGUCUCCUUUUUUUGAUUCUUUAGCGAGAGAAAGAACAAAGUUGAUCGCUGAGCUUCAUUCUUUUACGCACAAGGAGCACGUUUUUAGCGCAUGGAUAAGUUUUUGUAGCGGAUAACACCUUUUUUCCUCCACAUUUCCACGGCCGAUGCUGAUGAGGACCCCUUCUCCUCCACUUCAGCUUAAUUCAUGGCACUUCUUUUUUGGUAAAUCAGAUGUCUCCUCGCGACGGCACUCACGGCUGAUUGUUUCAUCAUUUUGAGCUGAGAAGAGAGAAUUGCUGCAGUAGACGUGAAGCUCCCGUCUUGCUUUGAGCAUGAACUUGCCAAGUCAGGCACAUGUGCUGGUGAUCUCGCUCACCUGUUUGGUCUUACUAUGCAAGGCCCAGGAGAGGGACUACAUCGUGAAGGAGGAGCAGCCGGAGAAUGUCCGCAUUGGGAAUCUGCGCAAGGACCUCGACUUCCACCUCGACCCCAACAUCCGGCUUUCCUCGCCGCUGCAGUUCAAGCCCGUGUACAAAACCGGCGAUGUGCCUUUGGUGAGGGUGGAGGCCAACACGGGGGAGAUAUUUACCACAAAUCAUCGAAUUGACCGGGAGAAGCUGUGCUCAGGAGUCUUCACCGAGAAACGCUGCUACUAUGAGAUCGAGGUGGCGGUGCUGCCUGAUGAGAUAUUCAGAUUGGUCAAGAUCCGUUUCCUGAUCGAGGAUGUGAAUGACAACGCGCCCCUUUUCCAAUCCACUGUCAUAAACAUCUCCAUUCCAGAGAACACAGCCAUCAACACCCGAUACCCAGUGCCGUCGGCGUUUGACCCUGAUGUUGGGAUCAAUGGGAUCCAGCACUACGAACUGGUCAAGAGUGUCAAUGAGUUUGGCUUAGACAUCAUUGAAACCCCCGAAGGUGACAAGUGGCCUCAACUCAUUGUUCAGCAGAACCUUGAUCGGGAGCAAAAAGACACCUUUGUAAUGAAGAUCAAGGUUGAGGAUGGUGGCAGCCCCCCCAAAUCCAGCACUGCCAUUCUCCAGGUCACCAUCUCCGAUGUCAACGACAAUCGUCCAAUCUUCAAGGAGAGUGAGUUGGAGGUCUCUGUACCAGAGAACGCUCCUAUGGGGACGUCGGUUGCACAGCUUCAUGCUACAGAUGCAGACUUGGGCUCCAAUGCACAAAUCCACUUCGCUUUCAGCAACCAGGUCUCCUCCUCAACCAAACGUCACUUCACCAUUAACAGCUCUACUGGGCUGAUCACUGUGAAGCAACCGUUGGACAGGGAGGUCACUCCUGUUCAUAAACUCAUUGUCCUCGCCAGUGAUGGCAGCUCAACCCCAUCCAGAGCUACGGUGAUUGUUAAUGUCACAGAUGUUAAUGACAAUGUUCCAUCUAUUGACACUCGCUACAUUAUCAACCUGGUUAACGGAACUGUUUUGCUGUCGGAGAAUGCACCCCUCAACACCAAAAUAGCCCUUAUUACUGUUACUGACAAGGAUGCAGAUCUGUAUGGCAAAGUGGCUUGCUACACUGACCAUGACGUUCCUUUCCGGUUAAAGCCGGUCUUUAAUGAUCAGUUCCUACUAGAAACAGCUGCCCCUCUGGACUAUGAGACAACCCGGGAAUAUGCUAUUAAGAUAGUGGCCUCGGACAGAGGGACGCCACCGUUGAACACCUCAGCUAUGGUCUUAAUUAAAAUCAAGGAUGAGAAUGACAAUGCACCCAUCUUCCCCCAGCCUGAAAUUCAGCUUUCCAUACCAGAGAACAACGACCCCUCUACACAGUUAAUAAAAAUCAGUGCCACAGAUGCAGAUAGCGGAUACAAUGCUGAGCUCAUUUAUACUCUUGGCCCUGAUGCACCUGAUGGGUUUAAUGUAGACAGACAGACAGGGAUUCUCUCUGUUGGGAAGCACCUGGACAGAGAGAAGCAGGAGAGGUACUCUUUCACUGUCAUAGCAAGAGACAAUGGCUCUGCACCCCUACAGAGCAAUGUCACCGUUAGGCUAAUUGUCCAGGACCUUAAUGACAACAGCCCAGCUUUCACACACCCUGAGUACAACUUCUACGUGCCUGAGAACUUGCCUCUGUAUGGAACGGUUGGCUUAAUCACAGUGACUGAUGCAGAUGCAGGAGAUAAUUCUGUUAUAACCCUGUCCAUUUUGAAUGGGAAAGACAAUUUUAUCAUUGACCCACAUACUGGUGUGAUCAAACCAAAUAUCACUUUUGACAGAGAGCAGCAAAGCUCCUACACAUUUAUGGUUAAAGCGGUUGAUGGAGGGCAGCCCCCCAGCACUUCUUAUGCCAAGGUCACUAUUAACGUAGUCGAUGUGAAUGACAAUCGUCCUGUGUUUGUCAUGCCUUCCUCCAAUUAUUCAUAUGACUUAGUGCGGCCUACCACCACGCCUGGUUCUGUGGUCACUCGAGUGUUUGCCAUUGACAAUGACACAGGUAUGAAUGCUGAGCUGCAUUACAGUAUCAUCAGCAGCAUCAUCAUCACAUCUAGGGUGUCUCCUCGAGGUCUCUUUUCCAUCGACAAAACAACGGGUAACAUAACACUGCAGGAGAAAAUAGUAUUAGCUGAUCAAGGACUGCAUAGGCUGGUAGUCAAGGUCAAAGAUUUAGGCCAGCCUGAGUCAUUACACGCUAUCACUCUAGUUCACCUGUUUGUGAAUGACUCUGUAUCAAAUGCAACCUUUAUCCAAGAGCAGCUGCUGAAAAGCAUGGAAACGCCGUUGGAUCGUAAUGUAGGGGACAAUGAGGUAACGCCUCAGGCUAAUGGAUAUGUAAUUGUCGUCAUUGCUAUCAUAGCAGGAACCAUGACUGUCAUCUUGGUGAUUUUUGUUACUGCCUUGGUGCGCUGCCGGCAGACACCAAGACAUAAGGUGGUACAAAAGGGGAAACAGAGUGGAGAGUGGGUGUCACCCAAUCAAGAGAACCGUCAGAUCAAGAAGAAGAAGAAAAGGAAGAAGCGAUCCCCCAAAAGCCUUCUCUUGAACUUUGUGACUAUAGAUGAAUCAAAGCCUGAAGACCCCACACAUGAGCAUGUUAAUGGCACACUGGAUCUUCCUGUGGAACUGGAGGAGCAAACCAUGGGAAAGUACAAUUGGGCAACCACACCCACGACCUUCAAACCUGACAGCCCAGAUUUAGCCAAGCAUUACAAAUCGGCAUCCCCUCAGCCUACAUUUCAGAUCAAACCAGAAACUCCAGUGGCACCUAAGAAACACCACGUGAUCCAGGAGCUCCCCUUGGACAACACGUUUGUGGUGGGCUGUGACUCACUCUCCAAGUGUUCCUCGACUAGCUCCGACCCAUACAGUGUCUCAGAGUGCGGCUGUCAGGGGGGAUUCAAGACUGCGGGGCAAAUCACCACCCGGCAGAACCCAAGCCAGACACCAGAGAAGUCUUUCAACUCCCCACCACCCAUCUGUCCUCAUAAGGAGGCCUGUCAACUUGGAAAGAUAUCCUCUGUGAAUACCCAGCGUCGCGUAACCUUCCAUCUUCCAGACGGCUCUCAGGAGAGCUGCAGUGACAGCGGGCUGGGGGACCCUGAGCCCAGCAGUGCUGCCAGUGCCACCCAGCCUCUUUCCCUCAGCUUCCCCCAAGAGGAGUACUACGAACAAACGUCACCCAACAGCCGCACCGAAGGAGACGGAAACUCAGACCCCGAAUCCACCAUUGAAGUGAACCUGCAGAAAGCCCUGGCCGAAGCCUCAGAGACCUGCACCCAGGAGUGCCUGAUACUGGGCCACUCCGACAGCUGCUGGAUGCCCCCAAGCUUGGCCCACUUCCAGAGUCCUGGCAGCAACAGCCCCGCCUCCACCCCUACCAACACCACCAUCACCGCUGCUCUCCCCUCCUUUGGCUUUCAGCAGAGCUGCAUCCAGGGAGUGAAAGCUAACAUGUGCGGCAUGGGGGUCAUGGAUGGCCGCCACACGCUGGGCAGGUCUGUGCCCAAAAAAGAUGAACUGGACAAAGGGUUCAUCCGGCCACAGUUCUACAACACCCUGGACAGACACUGCAGCAGUAAGAAGGAGGACCCGGUCAAGGUCAUCCCGCUGGCAAGCUUCUCCUCGCCCGGGCAGCACACACCCACCGGUGGUGGCAGUAGCUCGUUCUUACACGAGCACCAGCUGUAAUUCCAAAAGACAGCUCUCCAUUGGCCUAAAGUCAAUAUUCUCCAUCCAUACAUGGCUAAUAGUUGUGUGUACGUGUGGGGGGGUGCAUAAUUUGUUAUCAGCUUCAGCUCAGAUGUGUCGAUGAAGACACCUUAGAGGGAACAAGACAACAACUAAAUCAAAAUAAAUCAGUGUGACGACGUCAGCAUUCGAAAGGAAACCCAUCAGACCUGUGUAUGAUAAAGGAAAAGUAGUUCUAUACCAAAGUAGAUGCCAGAGAAAAAAUAAAUAAAAACACUUUACGCUUGGUGAUGCUCACUUAGUGAUGAGAAAAGGGCACUGUACACUUUAAGCUUAAUGGGCCUAGCUUACCAAGACUGUAUUCUUGAAGAACAUUUCCUGGCACAGAAACAAAUGCAAAUGCAGUACGUUGUGUUAUAAUUGAGCUAAAUUGGUCUAAAUGUUAAUUACGAGCUCUGGGCUGGUGCUGUUUCUGUUCAAGUUCUAGUGAAGUAUUGCUCUGUAUUACAAGUGUACCAUACUCCUUUGGCAGUGAAAGAUGCUUUCGCCUGAACGUGCUUCAGAAGUCUAUUUUUGGUCAGGGGGACUGCAGAAGGGUUAAAAAAAAUAAAUAAAGUAAAAACACACUACAAAGCAAAACCAGGCCAAUAGUCAACAGCAACACAUCUUCAUCUCUGUCUUUUUUUUUUUGCACUCUAUAUAUUCAACAUGGACCAGCACACUGAAUAAAUUCCCCAAAUACCCCAAACCCUCCUGCACACAUGCAUACUCAUGAUGUUUUCCAUAUGGUGAUUGCUCAAACUCUGCCAACUCUAUUAAAAAAAUCUUCCAUCGUUUGCAUUAUCUCAGCAGCUUAGCCUUGAAAGACACAUGCAGAUGUGUUGGGAAAUAUUUUUGGCCUUUUCUCUCUUUUUUUUAUAAUUUCCAAUUUUUUGCUCUGAAAACCUUCAAAGAACAACAAGUUUGGAGCCAAUUAUGAAGUAAAUCUCUAGGAAUUUGCUGUGAUGUGCGAUUUUAGCCGCUAACCCUAACAACUCUGGACUGAUUCUAAUAAUAAUAUAGAUUGUGCUUAAAAAACUCAUGGAAAAGUCGACACAUUUUAUUAUAUACUUUUUGUGUUCCUAUAAUCUGAUUAACACGUCUGUUCCAGUUUUUAUUUUUAUUCUGAGCUUUAAAAAAACAAAAAACAAACAAAAAAAAAACGAAUUGUGCCGUUUUGUCAGGUUUUGUUUAUUAUGUGCUGGCUCUAGAAUAAAAGACUGGGCUUCUGUAAUUUCUGCAGAAUUAUUUUUAUUUUUGCAGCAAUCAUUAAAACAAACAAUAGGCACGACUGUCCUUCAUGAUUCCACAGCAAAACAGCAUCACUGCCUGAAUGUGCAAAAACUCUUCCUCAUACCAACUUGCUGUUGUAACAGAUCUGGUGCAGUAUAAUGUAUUGCAACAACAAUAGGUGACUUUGCUGAUAUCCAUUUUUAUGUUACAUCUAAGCCAGGUGUCUACAUCAUCAGGUAUAUGAGUCAUGAGAUUCGUUUUCAUGUAGCAUCGUGCAAAUUGGGAGCGGGCCUAGAUCUAUAAUGCAAUGCGGUAUUCUCGGGGGAUGGCACGAGGUAAAUUGUGUUUGCAUGCACUUAGCUUUCCCUCCAAUGAUGCCCCUUAACAACAUAAAGGGGAUUUAUCUGAUAUUCAUGCAAAAUUAUCUUUUAAGGGAAUGCUGUUGUCAAGGACAAAAAGAGGGCAGCUCAAUUCCACCUCUGUCACUUACAAAAAUGAAGCGGAUUCAAAAUAGGCAACUUAAAUAAACCCUCCUAUAAACAUCCAUUUAAUGAAAGUGUUCCUGUUUGAAAAUCUAAUUUCAGCUCAUUUAUUAUAACUUUUAAACCCCCCCACCCACCCCCCACCCCCCCAUCACCACCACCACCCGCCUCUCUCGUUCUCUUCUACUUGUCAUCUCUUUUCAUUGUUUUAGGACAUGAAAUGGCAUCCACAAUACAUUUUUAAUCAAAAGGAGCACAUAUCAAAGGGAACAUACAUCACGUUGUCAGUGAAAAUUAGAAUUUCAUCACUUUGCCAAAUGCAGAUUCCACUCCUCAUAUCCGACACUCAUAUUAUGUGAUCCUGCAGGUGACACAAAGUCCUCAUAAUUAUUUAAAGUUUCUUUCUACAGUCAAAAAAGCAGAGGAGAAAAAUGUGUUAAAUAUUCCCAACAAAGAUAAAACUCAGAUAUUACAAAUUUGUUUUUUAAAUAAACAUCUGACAUACUAGCAGCAGAUAUAUAAAAGUGUUUUGUCAAUAGGACUUAAAAUAUUCUGUUUCAUAUCACAAAACUGAAAUUAUAUAUGGAAUAUGUACAGGAUGACACGUUGUGACCUAAAAAAGAUUGUUUAGAAUGUUCUAUCCAAUCACAAGUGUACAGUGAGCACAGUUGAUCUGUCUGUAACCCUCUUUAGUUUUUCAACAUAACUCUUUUGUUUCAGACGACUAAGAGGGAAUAGUAAAAAACUGUGUGAAUGUAACAUGUGGCUUUUGGUGUAAAGAUCUUAUGUUUUUAUUAUUUUCCUAAAAACUUGGUUUGAACUAUGUUCUAUCAUAUCCUUUCUGAGCUAAACUUUAACUUUUGUGUUAUUUAUAAAUUUUCUGAUAAAACAACAUCAUUUGAAUGUUCUACAGUAUUAUUUUUGUUGUAUUAAGCCUGUUUCUCUCUGAGCUGAGACAAUUGGCAACAAAUUGCAGAUGGGAUUUGCAGAGAAGUUUCCAUAUUAUCUCAGAAAGUUUGAAAGAGUUCUCAAUUUCUUUUCUCUUUUGUUGCUAGAAUUAGGAGAAAUUAGGAAGACAAAUUUAGCGCCGGGAUAACCGCCGAGCGGACAUUGGUCUGUCUCAGAUGAGUGGCCAUAAAUAGCGCUUGAAACACGAGACAAUUUUGGAAGGGCCGACUCACUGGAGAUAAAAACAAACCCGACAUUCCCAGCGCACCAAAAUUGUGAGUAAAAUAAGGAGAAAUAAUGAACAAAUAUGCAUGAAUGUGGUGCAGUUUAUUCAAAAUUUUGACCUGCACGUUGUGUCACACAAACCAAUUCAGUGUGAUUGAAACAAAAAGUACACAAGUCAGUGUGUGUACAUGCAGAUCUAAGUCGAUCUAGGUCCAUCUAAAAUAACAAACUGGAUGUCGCUAUCCUAGUUUACAUGUACGUACAUUGGAUAAUUGAACCCUCGAAGUCUGUUCCACUCCUGGGGACAUGCACCCUUUUGUGUUGACAUUCUUCUGGAUAGCUUAUAGCAACACUGAUGGUAAAAAAACACUAGCAAGAGUGAAGCAGACAAAGUUAAGACAGGUCAUGCACAAUAGCUGAAGGAAUGGACAACAACAAGGCUGCAGCACAGCUUGUUUGGUAUGUACUGUACUGUUUGAUAGUGUUACACGUGUUACUUUGUGGCAAUCAGAAGUCUGCCUCCACAGUCUUUUCACUUCCCGUCUCUAAACUGAUCCGUUUUCAUGCAGAUGCAGUCGUUUUCCUACUGCAUUAUCUGUUCACUUCAGCACAAUUAGAACCAGUUUGCCUUCAGCAAGACUAAUGCAUUUACAUGCAUAAAAACAACAACAACAUCAGACUAUUUAAGGCAAUAGUUUGAUUUUCUGAUGUGCAUGUAAACACACUGAAUGUUUAGUUUUCAACUAAACACAGCCCAGAGAAAAACUGGCCUACAGUACGUAAGAAGACCAAAUCACACGGUCACGUUUUCAUGUAAACCUCUUGGGUUUUGCUGCACCACAUCGAAGAAGUGUGGCAGAAAUUUAACAGAUAAUUAAACAUUUGUGUUUUAUUUGCAACUUUUUAUUUUUUUCUAUUGUCAAAAACAGUGCAAUGAUCACUAUGUCAACUCAGUGUCAUACCUUUUUGCAUGAACUGUUUGGACCUCGAUGGGACAUUCUUAUUCCGGGCUGUGUGCUUCACACAUUCCACAAAUAGGUGUCAGUGUUGAAAUCUUCUCCUCUUCAUGGAAGCAGUGUACACAUUCAAGCAUUGUGACGUGUCCAAGCACUUAUACCUCUACACAUAAACACUUCAUCGGGUGAUUCUGUAUUUCCAGCUGUACAUAGCAGUACCCCUAUGUAAUGGUGACAAUGGUCAAAGCUUGAAAGACACCGCGUGAAGACUGAGUUCUGGAUUUCACUAAGAUCCCAACGAGCAAAAAGGGAAAACAUGAAAAGUGAUGAGAUGACAAUCUCUGUUAAUGUAAAUGAAACAUAUGCAUAAUAAUGAUGAGCGUGCGUUUGGAUGUGUUUAUAAGUGAUCUUGUAAAUGUGCAAGAGAGAACGCUAAAGUUUCUCCUUGCAUGAGUGUGUGUGUGUGUGUGUGUGUGUGUGUGUGUGUGUGUGUGUGUGUGUGUGUGUGUGUGUGUGUGUGUGAGAGAGAGAGAGAGAGAGUGUGUGUGUGUGCUGGCAUGCACCAUGCCAGAUGACUUUCUGUACACAAAUGUAUCUUGUACAAAUAAUAUUAAAAAAUAUGAUAGAAGAUUUAGGUAAAUGCUUGUAAAUUAGUCAUCAGUGAACCAAGUUUGCUUUGAAACGAGGCUUCAGUGCUUGCCAGCAAAUCUGUAUUAAAGCUAUACAGUCUGUGUUGUCAUGCCUUGUAAGAUAUCCCACUUGAUGAACAAAGACCUUCCAUAUGGUAAAAUGAUUUUUCAUGUCACUGAUUUUAAUUGAACCAUUAAAUAUUGAGACCUCA